AGAAAACAUCCCCAAACUCCGUUUUACUUCUGCUAGUCUUGGUUCCUGUUCUCUGGUGUAGUUCCCCCGCUUUUCCUUUGCUCCAAUGGCCAAGAAACAGUCCUCGGCUGCUAAAGCUGCUGCGCUCAAGGCCAAACAAGCUCCUUCCCUACUUCUGGUGGAUCCAGUAGUGGAUCCGGUUUUCGCUCAAGGUGCUAUCCGCUCGUAUCUAGUGACCGACCCGGCUCCAACUUUGCUUAAAAAGCGUUCUUUGCUCGGUUCCAACGAAUGGAUUCUUAUCGCUGUUCUACUUGUGGCUUCUUACUACGUGAGAAUGUACAACUUGUCGUAUCCCAAAUCUGUGGUGUUUGACGAAGUACACUUCGGAGGCUUUGCCAGAAAGUAUAUUCUCGGUAAAUACUUCAUGGAUGUGCACCCACCGUUGGCAAAGAUGCUUUUUGCAGCUGUUGCUUCCUACGGAGGCUUCAAGGGUGAUUUUGAAUUCAAGAGUAUUGGUGACUACUUCCCUGAAGGUACACCCUAUGUUCUCAUGAGACAGUUCCCCGCGUUGUUGGGUAUCGGCACGGUACUCUUAGCGUACUUCACUUUGCGUAGUUCCGGCGUUAGACCUGUCAUUGCUUUUGCUACCAGUUUUCUUUUGUUGGUAGAGAACUCCAACGUAACAAUCAGUAGAUACAUUCUCUUGGACUCUCCACUUCUUUUCUUCAUUGCUGCAUCCAUUUUUGCCUGGAAGAAGUUCGAGAUUCAGACCCCUUUCUCCGCUGGCUGGUUCAAGAGUUUGAUUGCUACCGGUGUUGCUCUUGGUUUAGCUCUUAGUUCCAAGUGGGUGGGCCUUUUCACUGUAGCUUGGGUAGGUCUCUCCUGCGUGUAUCAGAUGUGGUUCAUCGUUGGUGACUUGUCCGUCAGCGCUAAGAAGGUCGUUGCCCAUGCUUUCUUCAGGGGCUCCAUCUUGUUGGGUGUCCCUGCCUUGUUGUACCUCUUCUUCUUUGCAGUUCAUUUCCAGGUGUUGAGCAAGGAAGGUGAUGGUUCUGCUUUCAUGUCCAGUGCCUUCAGAGCCGGCUUGGAAGGCAACAGCAUUCCCAAGAAUAUUAUUGCUCAAGUGGGUUUAGGUUCGACUGUAACAAUUCGUCACAUCGACACUCAAGGUGGCUAUUUGCACUCGCACGAACACUACUAUCCUGCUGGUUCCAAACAGCAACAGAUUACGUUAUACCCCCAUUUGGACUCCAACAACAAAUGGUUCAUCGAACCAUACAGCAACCUCACUGUGUACAAUGAAACGUUUGUGCCUUUGACAGAUGGUAUGAAGGUAAGAUUAAAGCACAUCAAUUCAGGCAAGAGAUUGCACUCUCACGAUGAAAAGCCUCCUGUCAGUGAACGUGACUGGCAGAAGGAAGCUUCUUGUUACGGGUUCGAAGGAUUUGCCGGUGACGCCAAUGACGACUGGGUUGUAGAAAUCGUAAGCCACAGGACCCCAGAGGGCGAAGCCCGCAAUAACGUGAUCGCCUUAACAUCUGUAAUCAGAUUCAGACACGCCAUGUCUGGACACUAUUUGUUCUCGUCGGAAGUCAAAUUGCCAGAAUGGGGUUUUGGCCAACAAGAAGUCUCUGCUGCCUCGUCUGGUAGAAGAGCAUUGACCCACUGGUAUAUCGAGACUAAUGAAAAUCCUAUGUUGAGCCAGAGUGAAGCCAGGAUCAUCAACUAUCCUAAGUUAACGUUGUUGCAGAAGUUCACUGAGUCCCACAAGCGCAUGUGGAAGAUCAACCAGGGCUUAACCGAUCACCAUAACUGGCAGUCUGAACCCCAAGAAUGGCCAUUGAUGUUGAGAGGUAUUAACUACUGGGUCAGAGAACACAGACAAGUAUAUUUGAUGGGUAAUGCCGUGACCUGGUGGACUGUCUCGUCUGUUAUUGCUGUUUUCUUCUUGUACACUGCCAUUCAAGCUAUCAGAUGGCACACUGGUAGUCAAAUUGCGACUGACAAGAAUGUUUACAACUUCAAUUUCCAAGCCUUUUCAUACAUAUUGGGUUGGGGUCUUCAUUACCUCCCAUUCUUCAUUAUGGGUAGACAAUUGUUCUUGCAUCACUACUUGCCAGCUCUUUACUUUGGUAUCUUGGCUCUCGGACACUUCCUUGAACUUUUUACUGGUUACUUCUUGGCCCGCUCCCAAUUCUUACAAAGAUUCGGCUUGGGCUUGGUCACCAUCUUUGUUGCUCUCAGCGCUGUUUUCUACAUCAAUUACUCUCCUUUGAUUUAUGCCACCAACUGGACCAAAGACCAGUGUAAGAGAUCUAAGGCCAUCAGUACUUGGGACUUUGACUGUAACACCUUCCACGGAAACAUCAGCGAGUACAGCAUCGACGAAGCUGCUCUGCUUACAAGUGCUAGCAAGAUUGCUGACGAUCUUCUCAAAAAGGUAGAAGAAGCUCACGAGACGCCUGUGGCUGAACCAGUUCAACAAGUCCUCAAGGUUGAAGAACCGGCUGCUGAAGACCCAGUAGCAGAGCCAGUAGAGGAAGUUGUAGAAGUUAUUGAUGUUUCUGCACAAUAGACUCCGUUCGAAGUUGAUUUCUAGUUACUACACUGGUGCAACGUUGAUAGGUGUUUAUAGAUGAUAGCAUUAGUGAGUAUGCUCUCAAAAUCCAAUUACUCUUAUAAAUAUAAGCAAUUCGUAAUUAGUGCAUUACAACGUAAAAACUGACUAGCUAUAUACACAAAAGGAACCAUUACAACUUC